AUGUCUCUUGCAUCGUAUUUGAACCUGGGAUCUGCCAGAGAUGAGACUGAUUAUGACUUUGCCAUUGCCUUGAACUAUGGGUUUACAGCUGGCUCUCCUCAAAUCCUUCGCUUCAUGACGGAACAUGUCGAGAUUGUUCACAGUCCUACCUAUAGCGAUUGGGAAUGUUGCGCCACCUACAGUACAACUUCUGCUCUAGAAGUCGCACUGCGUAUUCUUUGCAACCCGGGAGAAACAGCUCUCAUCGAAAGCCACGCCUAUUCAGGAACUCUGGCCUGUGCUCGAGCUGUAGGGGUUCACCUUCAGAGUGUCAAGUUGGAUGAUAAUGGGUUGAUCCCAGAAGACCAUGAUCACGUAUUGACCACGUGGGAUCUUUCCAAGGGCCAAAAGCCCUAUGUCUUGUACACGAUUCCCACAGGACAGAAUCCUACUGGAACGACCGACAUCGCUUCCAGAUCCAAUGAACUUGAUGGCUAUCUGAGUAUUCUACCUACAUCUUAUCUGUCUCUCGAUGUCUCUGGUCAUGUUCACAAAAUGAACUCAACUUCCAAGAUUCUCGCCACUGGACUCCGCGCCGGCUGA